AGGUUUUCUAGUUGCAUGUAGAUGUCGUUUUUAGCUGGAGUAAAUUUUGUGUUUGAAUACUUUUCGUGCCCUAUAUGACGGAGCCUUACGGGCUUACGGAGCUAGAGGAUGAAAAAGUGUACAGAGAGAAAAUCGAUUGACAAGUGUGUUAUUUGUUAAGCAACUAAUAAAGAAUUUAGUCUAGAUUGGGUUGGGUUUUAUUUAAAAGUGUCAUUACCAAAAGGAAAUAUGUCGUUUACCAUAAAUCCUUUGUCUAGUAAUGCAAUUACGGCGAUGCAUCCAAUCAUGGGAACAAUUGCCAACGGCAGCGGUUUUAUAACUCCGAUAACCACAACUAAUGCGGCCACAAUCCUAAAUAACAGUUCCCUAGAUUUCACGCGAAAAUCUAGUCAUUCGCAAUCUGGUGCAGCUCCCAUGGAUCUAGAGUCAGCUUCAGAACGAGAAUCAGCAAGAGAAGUUCCAUCUAGCAGCGAGAAAAAGGAUAGCCUGAUACAGAAAGCAAGUCAGCUUGCUGUAGAUAGUACAGGGGGACAAAUUUUAUUCAAUCAGCUAAUACAGCCAUCCCAAGGGUUCAUGAUGAUGACACCUGGAAUGGUAAAUAUGAUGGACGGCUCUUCUUUGAUUGGAAUGCAAACAUUUCCUGUAAUGGCACAACAGAUAAAUUCGGGUGUGGAUAUAACAUCACAAGCUUUAAACUUAACUCAAUCAGAGGACGGGAAAGAAGUUAUAUAUUGCAAAUCAUGUACACUAUUUCCUCCGAAUCCAAAUGCGCCUGCACCAAAAACAAUUGAUCGUCCACCAGGGUGUCGGACGGUAUUUGUUGGGGGUUUACCGAACUCAAUCACAGAAGAAGUUAUUCGGGAAAUUUUUGAACGCUGCGGAGAAAUUACAACACUACGUUUUUCGAAGAAAAAUUUUUGCCAUAUCCGCUACGUUUUCGAGGCAUCGGUGGACUCUGCUAUCUAUCUGUCCGGUUAUCGGGUCAAGAUAAGCAGUGGUGGUUUCAAUUACACUACACCGGAACCAAAAGAUCCUUCCACAUUUGGGACGUUGCACGUCGAUUAUGCUCAUGCCCGCGAUGAUCAGUAUGACUACGAGUGUCGGCAGCGUAAACUGCAGCGCGAAAGACGGCAUCGCGAAAGAGUGGAAGAAGACCGGCUUCGACCACUCUCCCCACAACCCGUUAUACAUUAUACUGAUCAUGAAGCUACUUCAGUCGCAGAAAAACUUAAAAAUGACGAAAGUUUCGGCAAAGCUGUUACAACUCUUAUAACCUGGCUCGAACGAGGUGACUGCAGCAAGAAGAAUGCUAACAACUUCUACACAAUGAUUCAAAGCACCAACUCGCACGUUCGCCGACUUCUUAGUGAAAAGGCGAUUUGCGACGAAGAAUUAUGUCGUGCGCGGGAAAUGUAUCGAAAACAAAUGCAGAGCAUGUUAGUUGAAUUCAAUCAGAUUGAAAAAGUGUUCACUGCGGCCAGUCACAAGAAGGUUUGGGAUCAUUUUACUAAGGCCCAGAGAAAAAACAUCGACGCCUGGAAAAAACAAUCACUGGAUGUCAGGAGCGUGCAAUUGGACGAUGUCGGUGAUGAUGAAAUGGAUUUAUCCGAUGAUGACGGAUCCAAUUCUAAAAAAUCGCGCUGGGAUAUCAGGAAAGAAAGAAUUGAUAGUUGCUCGGAAACAGAAACACAAUCAAUUCGUUCGGAUCUUGAAAUGAAAACAAUGCAAAUUCAAGUUCUUCAAGAGACAAUCCGAAAUUUGCAGACACAACUGCUGGAUUACAAUUACAAGGAAAUGGAGCGUAACAAUAAAAUUCAAGAACUUGAGGAUAAAUUAAAGCAUGCUAACGUAAAACAACUUCUUCUCAAAACCAAAAUUGCGACCACCCAGUCAAAGCUAUCGUCCUGCACAACGAAUGCUUCCUCGUCGUCCAAAGCAGAAUCCGAAGUGGAUGAAAACGAUGUUUCGGAAGCGGAAGCAAAGACUUCGAUAGUAGCUCCAAUUCUGAUAGUAGAACCAACUCCUGAAGCGCCCCCACCUGCAACAAUUGAUCCAAACGAGGCUCGAGUAAUAACGCUGGUUUCUACGUUUCUAGUAGUACAUCCUCACGGGGCCAGCAUCGAUUAUAUUUGGUCUUACGUAAAUCGAUACGUACCAGAGCUGAAAGUGAAAUUGCUCGAAGAAUUGUUGCAACGAUACACAAACCUCUUCCGAGAGGAAGUUAGUGGAAUAGGUGCAAAAAUUGAAAGAAAUUGGAAGUUCGUUGGUUAUGAAAGCAAGGACGAAGAGGAAAAAUUAUAAAUGCUCUAGGAUGUAAGAUUUAUUCGCAUUUUAUAAUCGACGGUUUUUCUCAGUGAAAUAAAACAUAUAAAAAUGUUGUUUUAUAUAAACUAAUAAAAUCGUUUGUUCAUCGUA